AUGAGAGUUAAGAAGCCAACAUCUAAGAGAGUUACUACUCGAAUGAGAGAAGGUCUUAAGAAGAAGGCCUCAGCUAAAAGAAGAAAGGAUAGAAAAUUUGCUAAAAAAGAUAUAACUUGGAAAUCGAGAAAUAAAAAAGAUCCAGGAAUACCUGCAAGUUUCCCAUACAAAGAUAGGAUCAUAUCCGAAUUAGAAGAAAGUAGAAGGUUAGAAAAGGAAAAGAAAGAAGAAUUAAGACUUCAAAGACAGCAAGAAAAGGAAGCUGCGUUGGCUAGAGGAGAGAUCAUAGAUGAUGAUAUUGAAGAAGAUGAAGAUGACGAGGAAGAAGGUGGGUUAGCAGCAUUAAUGGAAUCUGCACAAAGGGCCGCCAGGGAAUAUGAAGGUGAAGAAAGUGACGAUGAUGCAAUGGAAGACUCCGAUGAAGAUAUUGAAUCUGAAAUUAUCAGUGAUAAUGAAUUUGAUGAGGAAACUACCGAACAGGAUAAAUCACGUAAGGCAUAUGACAAAAUCUUUAAGAAAGUUGUAGAUCAUGCUGAUGUUAUCUUGUAUGUGUUAGAUGCCAGAGAUCCAGAAUCCACAAGAUCAAGAAAGGUUGAGCAAGAAGUAUUAAGAAACCCAAACAAGAGGUUAAUCUUGGUUUUGAACAAGGUUGAUUUAAUCCCAACUAAUGCAUUAAACCAAUGGCUUGAUUUCUUAAAGUCAUCAUUCCCAACUGUUCCAGUAAAAGCUGCACCAGGGGCUAGUGGUUCUACCUCAUUCAAUAAGAACAUGACUUCUACCAUGACUGCUGAUGCGUUAUUAAAGGCUUUGAAGAGUUACGCUAGUAAAUCCAACUUGAAGAGAUCGAUUAUUGUGGGUGUUCUUGGUUAUCCAAAUGUAGGUAAAUCAUCCAUUAUCAAUGCAUUAACUAACAGACAUGGAAAUAAUUCUAAAGCUUGUCCAGUUGGAAAUCAAGCUGGUGUUACUACUUCCAUGAGACAAGUCAAGAUUGAUAACAAAUUGAAGAUUUUGGAUUCUCCAGGUAUUGUCUUCCCUGAUGAAAUCAUAAAUACUAAGAAGUUAUCAAACAGUCAACAACAAGCAAAAUUGGCCUUAUUAUCUGCUAUACCUCCAAAACAGAUCAUUGAUCCAAUCCCUGCUGUUCAAAUGCUAUUAAAGAAGUUUUCAAAGGAUACUGAAAUGGCUGAUGGAUUAAAGCAAUAUUAUCAAUUACCACCGUUACCUUCUGGUGAUUUAGAAGAAUUUUCCAAACAUUUCUUGAUCCACAUUGCAAGAACUAAGGGGAGAUUAGGCAGAGGUGGUGUUCCAAAUAUGGAAUCUGCUGCUAUGUCUGUUUUGAACGAUUGGAGAGAUGGUAGGAUUAUUGGGUGGACAUUGCCAAAGGCAUCUAAGGCAGCAAGUGAAGAAUCCAACCCAGAUGCACCAAAAAGUUCAUUAAGAGGUGAAAAAGAACCUCCUAAGGUUGAACAAACCACUAUUGUUUCUGCUUGGGCUAAGGAAUUUGAUUUAGAUGGAUUAUUGGGUGAUAAUUUUGGUCUUAAUUAG